CUCUGUUCCUCGUCCUUAGGGCUUUGCUGAUUUUUCAGGAGGAUCUAUUUUUGCUGCUAUUUCUUUGCGUGAAUUGAAUCGAAAAGAUUCGGAAAUGAAUAAUCUGAAGCUCUUCUCGGAGGUCUCGCAGUACGUCCAUUUGCAGUCCAAGGAUGAGGUUCUGACAUUUUCAGCUCUCGAUGUCGAACGAAAUCGCUUGUUCUUGGCUUCCUCUGCAAAUUUCGUUUACACCGCUCAUCUUUCUUCCUUCCAGAAUGAAGGAGCUUGGAGGAGAACCUCGUUAUUGGCUGAAGUUGAUUAUAUUGAUUUGGAGGUUUGGGACUACAUUGUGUCCUUUGAUUAUGUCAUGGAGAAAGAGGCGUUGCUGUUGGGAACCCACAGUGGGCUAAUGUUGUUGCAUAAUGUGGAUGGUAAAAUAACAAAAGUUGUUGGUCAAGUGGAGGGUGGUGUGAGGUGCAUCUCACCCAGUCCAGAUGGAGAUUUGCUUUGCAUAGUUACUGGUUUUGAGCAGAUGCUAGUAAUGACUCAUGAUUGGGACUUGUUGUACGAGACUUCACUAAGCGAUCUUCCUGAUGGUGUUGACGUACGUGAGCCAAAAUAUUCUGGAUACCAUUUCAGGAGCCCCAUUUCUUGGCGUGGUGAUGGGAAAUAUUUUGCAACACUAAGUAAUGAGUCAGAUUCCUCUUCCUUGCUUAAGAGGAUUAAAGUUUGGGAGCGAGAUUCAGGGUUGCUGCACGCUGCUUCAGAACCAAAGCUAUUCAUGGGACCAGUUUUGGAAUGGAUGCCCAGUGGAGCAAAAAUUGCAGCUGUUUAUGACAGAAAAGCAGAAAAUGAGUGUCCAUCAAUAGUCUUCUGUGAGAGGAAUGGGUUAGAAAGAAGCUUGUUUAGCAUUAAUGAGCAAAUGGAUGCGACAAUAAAAAUUCUCAAGUGGAAUUGUAGUUCGGAUCUUCUUGCAGCUGUAGUCAGAUGUGGAGAUUACGAUUCUUUAAAGAUCUGGUUUUUCAGUAACAAUCAUUGGUAUUUAAAACAGGAAAUAAGAUACUUAAGGCAGGAUGAAGUGAGUUUCAUUUGGGAUCCGGUGAAACCAAUGGAGCUGAUUUGUUGGACGCAUGGUGGCCAAGUCACUCUGUUUAAUUUCAUUUGGAACACGGCUGUCAUGGAUAACUCAACUGCGUUGGUCAUUGACGACUCCAAAAUACUUGUAACCCCACUCUCUUUAUCCCUAAUACCACCUCCUAUGUAUUUAUUCGACCUUAAAUUUCCCAGUGCUGUUCGAGACAUGCAGUUGUAUUCGAGGGAUUCUACGAAUUGUUUGGCUGCUUUUCUCUCUAAUGGAUGUUUGUGUGUUGUAGAGCUUCCUCCAAUUGAAUCUUGGGAAGAGCUGGAAGGCAAGGAAUUCAAUGUUGAAGCUUCUGCGUCAAAUAUGCCACUUGGGUCAUUUAUACAUUAUACAUGGUUGGACUCGCACAAGAUCCUUGCAGUUUCUCACUAUGGGUUCAACCAUAGUAACUUGUCCCACACUUCUUUGAGUGAGGAUCGGUUUCUUGGUUAUCGUUUGCAGGAAAUUGAGCUCGUUUGUUCUAAGGACCACAUUGCAGGUGCAUUGACUUGCUCAGGCUGGCAUGCAAAUGUGUCCAGUCAAACUGCUCUAGAGGAUCUGAUUAUUGGUAUUGCUGCCAAUCAUGCAACAAAGUCUUCAGCGUUUCUUCAGUUUUAUGGUGGAAAGAUCUCUGAGCAUAUACCAAAGCUGGGCAUCUCCAGGGGUUCCCUGAAACAUGAUGAGCGGAGUUUCUCAUCGUCUUGCCCUUGGAUGAGUGUGGUUCCAGUUGGAAACAAUGGACUGUUGAUUUUCGGACUUGAUGACAUUGGUAGGCUGCAUGUUAGUGGGAAGAUAUUAUGCUACAACUGCAGCAGUUUCUCGUUUUACUCAAAUUUGGCUGACCAAGUAAUCACACAUUUAACUCUUGCAACUAAACAGGAUCUGCUUUUCAUUGUUGACAUAAGCGAUAUAUUGCAUGGAGAAUUAGAAACAAAAUACUCAGGUUUUGUCCAUGUUGUUAAUAAAAGGAGAGAAGAAGAUAAUAUAAACUAUGUGAAUAUAUGGGAGAGAGGUGCCAAAAUUGCCGGUGUCCUCCAUGGAGACGAAGCUGCUGUCAUAUUACAAAUUACUCGGGGAAACCUAGAAUGUAUUUACCCAAGAAAGUUGGUCCUGUCAUCCAUUUGCAAUGCAUUGGUGCAGCAGCGGUUUAGAGAUGCAUUGCUCAUGCUGAGGCGGCACAGAAUAGAUUUUAAUGUCAUUGUUGAUCAUUGUGGCUGGCAGCUAUUUCUCCAAUCAGCUUCGGAGUUUGUCAGGCAGGUUAAGAGUUUGAAUUACAUAACUGAGUUUGUUUGUGCCAUAAAGAAUGAAAAUAUAAUGGAAACAUUAUAUAAAAAAUUUAACUGUCUGCCUUUCUUGAAAGAAGCAAGAGAUGUGCAAGCUAGAUGUUCCGUUGGUUCUGAUGCUACUGAUAAGGUUUCCUCCAUCUUGCGGGCCAUAAGGAAGGCUCUUGAGGAGCAGUUACCUGAGAGUCCUUCGAGGGAGCUUUGUAUUUUGACAACCCUUGCUCGAAGUGACCCCCCUGCACUUGAAGAAGCAUUGGAGAGAGUAAAAGUCAUCCGCGAAAUGGAAUUAUUAGGUGCUGAUGACCCAAGGAGAACGUCUUACCCCUCUGCUGAAGAAGCCUUGAAGCAUCUCUUGUGGUUGUCUGAGUCUGAGGCAGUUUUUCAAGCUGCUUUAGGCCUUUAUGAUUUGAACCUUGCAGCUAUCGUGGCACUGAACUCUCAGCGAGACCCUAAAGAGUUUCUUCCUUUUCUUCAAGAACUGGAACGUUUGCCACUUGAUUUGAUGCGUUACAAUAUUGACCUUAAGCUCUGUAGGUUUGAGAAAGCUCUCAAGGACAUUUUUUCCGCAGGGGAUGAUUAUUAUGCAGAUUGUAUGAACCUAAUGAAGCAAAAUCCUCAACUCUUUCCCUUGGGACUUCAACUGAUAACUGAUCAUGCGAAGAAGAUGCAAAUCCUUGAGGCUUGGGGGGAUCAUCUUAGUGAUGAAAAACAUUUUGAGGAUGCUGCUGCAACCUAUCUGUGCACUUCCAGUUUAGGAAAGGCGUUGAAGUCAUAUCGAGCUUGUGGUAGUUGGGGUGGAGUCCUUACAGUUGCGGGGCUGCUUAAACUGGGGAAAGAAGAGAUAACAUUAUUGGCUCACGAGCUCUGUGAAGAACUUCAAGCUCUUGGUAAACCUGGGGACGCUGCCAAAAUUGUCUUGGAGUAUUGCGGAGAUGUCGACAAUGGAAUUAGUUUGUUAAUCACUGCAAGAGAGUGGGAGGAGGCUUUGAGGGUUGCUUUAAUGCACAAUAAACAGGAUUUGAUCUCAGAAGUGAAAAACUCAUCCUUGGACUGUGCGAGCUUGCUUGUCAGUGAAUAUGAGGAAAGUUUGGAGAAAGUAGGAAAGUACUUGGCUCGAUACUUAGCUGUACGACAAAGGAGAUUACUUCUUGCGGCAAAGAUCCAGUCAGAGGAACAACCGAUGAGUGAUCUAGAGGAUGAUGCUGCUUCAGAAACUAGCAGUAACUUAAGUGGAAUGAGUGCAUAUACUACGGGGACAAGGACCAGCCGUGUCACUUCCAUCAGCUCAAGUGCAGCUAGCAAGGCUAGAGACACCAGGUGUCAGAGGAAGAGAGGAAAAAUUCGUCCUGGCAGUGCUGGUGAGGAGAUGGCUUUGGUGGAGCAUUUGAAAGGCAUGUCGCCAACAGAUAGUGCGAAACGUGAGUUAAAAUCAUUGUUGCUUGCUCUUGUGAUGUUGGGAGAGGUGGAAACUGCAAGAAAGCUGCAACGUGCUGGAGAGAACUUUCAACUGGCUCAGAUGGCAGCAGUGAAACUAGCUGAAGAUACGGUGCCUAACAAUAUAAUGGACGAGAAGGCGCAUACUAUGGAGCAUUACACACAAAAGAUGAGAAGCGAGGUGCAAAGUUCUGAAGCUUUCGUUUGGCGUUGCAAAGUGUUUCCUCCACCUUAAUAGGUGCACAUCCUAUGAUAUGUCAGUGCAGUGGCAGCUGACAAAAUAGCAGUGAAUAUUGAUUGGAAAAGUUUUAAGGAUAUCAUUUUAGAAAAAUGAAGAGUAAUUGAAAGGGAGAUCCAUCGAAGUGAAAUAAUAUAUCGUUUUCAAAUAUUCUCAACUUUUAUUGAAAUUUCAUCGGCUGUAUCAAUAUUUUGAUAAAAAUUACGGCUGUCCUGCUGUUUUUU